CCGCCUACCGCUUACCUAUUCCCCACCAGAGUACUCAACUCCGCCGGCCUCCCUGCGACCCUCGCCCCAGAAGGGCUUCUGGGGUAGCUUUGGGGGAGUCGCGGGCGGGGUGCCGAGGUCACAUCGCGCUCAGGCCCUCCUCCGGCUGAUCCGCUGAUGUCACUCGCAGUUGUGAGCGGCCGCCUCUCCCGGGGACAAUGUGGGACUGAGCGGCCCAGCCGCCGCGCCGCCGCCGCCGCCGCAGGACAGCCCCAGCGAGAGCCAGCCAGGCCGCAGCGUGGACACACCCCCAGGCCGCUGUGGCCCCAGCCCCGCCUGGCAGGAUGAGCAGCUCAGAUGCGGGGCUGGAGGAGGAGCCAGAGCUCAGCAUCACCCUCACGCUGAGGAUGCUGAUGCAUGGAAAGGAGGUGGGCAGCAUCAUCGGGAAGAAAGGAGAGACCGUGAAACGGAUCCGGGAGCAGAGCAGCGCCCGGAUCACCAUCUCCGAGGGCUCCUGCCCCGAGCGCAUCACCACCAUCACCGGGUCUACGGCGGCUGUCUUCCACGCAGUCUCCAUGAUCGCCUUCAAGCUCGAUGAGGACCUCUGCUCUGCUCCUGCAAAUGGUGGGACUGUCUCCAGGCCUCCAGUGACCCUGCGCCUUGUCAUCCCUGCCAGCCAGUGUGGCUCGCUGAUUGGGAAGGCUGGCACUAAGAUCAAGGAGAUCCGAGAGACUACAGGUGCCCAGGUGCAGGUGGCAGGGGACCUGCUCCCCAACUCCACAGAGCGUGCUGUUACAGUGUCUGGGGUGCCUGAUGCCAUCAUCCUGUGUGUGCGCCAGAUCUGUGCUGUUAUCCUGGAGUCCCCACCCAAAGGAGCCACUAUCCCGUACCACCCAAGCCUUUCCUUAGGUACCGUCCUUCUCUCCGCUAACCAGGGCUUCUCCGUCCAGAGUCAGUAUGGGGCUGUGACCCCAGCUGAGGUCACCAAGCUCCAGCAGCUCUCGGGCCACGCAGUCCCCUUUGCCUCACCGGGCAUGGUGCCAGGACUGGAUCCUGGCGCACAGACCAGCUCCCAGGAGUUCUUGGUCCCCAAUGAUCUGAUUGGCUGCGUGAUCGGGCGCCAGGGCAGCAAGAUCAGUGAGAUCCGGCAGAUGUCAGGGGCACAUAUCAAGAUCGGGAACCAAGCGGAGGGUGCGGGUGAGCGGCACGUGACCAUCACUGGCUCGCCGGUCUCCAUUGCUCUGGCUCAGUACCUCAUCACUGCCUGUCUAGAAACGGCCAAGUCUACCUCUGGGGGGACGCCCAGCUCAGCCCCCGCAGACCUGUCUACCCCCUUCUCGCCGCCCCUGACGGCCCUGCCCACGGCUCCCCCAGGCCUGCUGGGCACGCCCUACGCCAUCUCCCUGUCCAACUUCAUCGGCCUCAAGCCUGUGCCCUUCUUGGCUCUACCACCUGCCUCCCCAGGGCCGCCGCCGGGCUUGGCGGCCUACACUGCCAAGAUGGCAGCGGCCAAUGGGAGCAAGAAAGCUGAGCGGCAGAAAUUCUCGCCCUACUGAGGCCGGCUGAGGCACAGGCGCAGGCGCAGGCAGGACCGCCGGCAGGGGCUGCCCCUGCAUUCUACCUGCCCAGGGAGACUCCAGCCUGGGCUCCCAAACACCACUAAUGCUCAGAAGCAUGGAUGCACCCCUGCCUGGCCCGGUCUGUGGAAGUCCCUGUGCUGAGUGGGUGCAGUCUCUGGCCCAGGGUUCUGGGAGCUGUGGUAGCCCCAGGCGGGGGGCUCCACCCCCUCUAGCUCUGUGCUUGGAUGCAGGGAGCAUCCUUAGUGCCCCCACUUUGGGGAUCACUCAUGCACUCCCCAUCCCUUAGGGCUUCCCAGCCUACUGCCCCUUUGUGGGGAUCAGGGAGGAGGGCUGGGGGUGGCUGGGAGCCAUGCUUCUCUCCCCACCUCCUCGCAGAUUCCUGCUGCUUCCACUGAUAACCCUUUUGACUGGAAUGGACUGGCUGGGCUUGGCAGAGGGCAACCCCAAGAGGGGGCACUGCCAGGCAGCUGGGCGAGUCACAUGGGGGCAGGGCUGAAUUCUCAGCAGCAGACACUGUACAGUUUUUUCAAUUCCUGUUUUUGAAUAAAUAUUCUGAGACCAGGAA